AUGCCGAUCCUGAAGAUGUGCAUAUUGCUUGAUGAUGACUAUGAGCCUAAGAUCCCUGAUUUUGGGUUGGCAAGGCUCAUGAAUCCCAUUGAUACCCACCUGAGCACAUUUGUCAAUGGUGAGUUUGGUGAUUUGGGGUACGUAGCUCCUGAGUAUACACGCACCCUUGUGGCCACCCCUAAAGGAGAUGUCUAUAGUUUUGGAGUCAUCUUACUUGAACUCGUCACUCGUGAAGAGCCAACACAUGUGUCAAAUGCCCCAGAGAACAUCAAAGGCAGUUUGGUGGAUUGGAUGACUUACCUAUCAAACAACUCUAUACUUCAGGAUGCGGUUGACAAGUCCUUGAUUGGGAAGGACAAUGAUGCUGAGCUGCUUCAAUGCAUGAAGGUUGCGUGCUUUCUUCUCCGAAGGAAAGACCUACAGUGUUUGAAGUUUACCAGCUUCUGA